ACUUACGCGCCAUUAUUUUCUCAAUCAGUCGAGUAUGCGCGUAAGCACUUCGCGCACGCGCACUCGCUACGAAAAGCUCCGAACUUUGAAUUUCGAAUAUCAGUGCGCGAAAAUAGUGGUUGAAAAAGUUCAAAUUUAAAAAUAUAUCGAUAAUUUUUAGUGAUAGUAUUUAGCUUUAAGGAAAUAUGGCUUCGCAAGCCAUAUGCGGCGUGUUAGUGCUUCUUCUUGUGGCGUCCGCUUCAAAUUCGCUCACAUUGAACGAAGAAGCCACAGACGAUGUCAUAGCAGCAGCAACAGCGGCUGAAGAUGGGGAGCUUGCUAUCUUGGUCCGAGAGCCUCUCGGAACUAUUCCGGGCCGAGAAGAACUGCUAUACGCUAAGGGUGUUGAAGACCACUCUAUCUCAUUGUAUUUUAAUUCAAAAACCAAUAAGGUUUACCUCGAGAGUCUGAAUGGUGGUCACAUAAAGUCAGUCUCAUGGAGUCUGGGAACUGCUAAUGGUUAUAUAACCCUGAUAGUAAGUCACUCAAGGGUGAAGAUCUACGUAGGAUGUAAGGCUCUGCAUUGGCAUUCUAUGUCUGGCAGACAUAGCAUUCUCAGUCUUCUGGCUAGUCAGAAACUGAAGUUGUAUUACGAAAAGAAUUCGCCAAUAGAAGUACACAAAAGCGAAAAAGCCGUACUAAGUACCUUAAAAUGCAAUCACCACGAAUCGCUCGAACCACCGACUCUAGUCACUGUAGAUUCAGACGUAGAAGAAGUCCAAGAGUUUAUGAAGAAGGAAGAGAAACUGAAACACGAGGAAGAGAUGCAGGGGGACGAUCCUAGGAAUAACUACAUAGAUCCAUACCAGCCCUUGCCUCUCCCUAAUACAACACCAUCUUCGCAAAGAGGGGAUAUACCUUCUGGGGAUAUUGAAUCUUGUGACGAUGAAGUGAUUCGUCAACUGAAACUCCUACGUCAGACGAUAGAACUGUUACGCAGAGAGUUAGCUGAUCAGAAAGGAAAUAUCAAUAACCUUCAGAAUCAACUGCGCGCAUGCUGUAACCGAGUACCAGCACCGCCGGUGGAAAGAUGCACUGGCUCUUCGUGUUACCCUGGAGUGGAAUGCCGCAAUACCGCUAGCGGCGCGGAAUGCGGGCCCUGUCCGCCGGCGAUGGAGGGCGACGGCAAGCGCUGCAGACCCAUAUCCUGCAGGAGGAGGCCUUGUUCGCAAGUGGAAUUCUGCAUCGACACGGACCAAGGGUUCAGAUGCGAGAGAUGUCCGGGCAGGCAGGGAAGUGACGGACAGACAUGCAGGUCGGCUUGCAGCUCCAAUCCCUGUUUCGGAGGACGUGUUCAGUGCCAAGACCUACCUGAUGGUCGGUACCGCUGUGGUUCCUGCCCCGCUGGUUACACUGGUGACGGCGAGAACUGUGUUAGACUCGCGUGUCGACCAAACCCGUGCCAUCCAGGAGUGGAGUGCCAUGAACUUGCUGACGGGAGAUACCGCUGUGGGUCCUGCCCUGCCGGUUACACUGGCAAUGGCGAGCAGUGCGUGAGGCUAGCUUGCCAGCCAAGCACGUGCUUUCCAGGCGUGGAAUGUCAGAACCUUCCCGAUGGACGAUAUCGUUGCGGUUCCUGCCCCGCUGGCUACACUGGUAACGGCGAGCAGUGUGUCCGGAUAGCUUGCCAGCCAAACUCUUGCUUCCCAGGCGUGGAGUGUCACGAGCUUUCCGAUGGACGGUACCGCUGUGGUUCUUGUCCCGCUGGCUACACUGGUAACGGCGAGCAGUGUAUCAGGAUAGCGUGUCAGUCAAACUCUUGCUUCCCAGGUGUAAUUUGUGAGGAGACAUCGUCCGGUCCUCGCUGCGGGUCCUGUCCCAGCGGAUACCUCGGCGACGGGCAGCGGUGCCAGAACUUAUGUGAAGCGCGAAGGCCUUGCGGCGAGAGACGUUGCAGUCCCACCUCUAGCAGCCCUUUCUACCAGUGCGAAGGCUGUCCUAAGGGUUACGAGUGGAACGGAUACACAUGCGUGGAUAUGGACGAAUGUGACUUGAUCCGCCCAUGCGACGAGUUGGUAUCAUGCAGGAAUGUGGACGGAGGCUUCAUAUGCGGCGGCUGUCCGCCGGGGUACUCCGGCAGCUCGGGCUGGCAGGGGGCAGGGGACGAGAGGCGGAGGGAGACUUGUACUGAUGUGGAUGAAUGUUCACAAGGACGUGAUGUGUGCCCUAGAGGACGACUUUGCGUUAAUACUCUGGGCUCGUUCACGUGCGUGCCGUGUGGAGGCCACUACUAUGUGAACACGUCUCGGCCAUGUUUCGAGGCAGAUUCGCUGAUCCGUCCGCGCUGUGACCCGGCACGCUGUCACCGCUUCAACGCAGUCUGUGGCUACGGGAUUCACUGCGUUUGUGCUACUGGAUGGGCAGGGAACGGAACUGUAUGCGGCCCCGAUAGUGAUUUGGAUGGCUAUCCAGACAACCAGCUAUCGUGUUCUGACAUCCAUUGCAAUGCUGACAACUGUCCACAUGUCUCCAACUCUGGACAAGAGGAUGCUGAUAAGGACGGCAUUGGUGACUCUUGCGACAGUGAUGCUGAUGGAGACGGGAUACCUAAUAUACCAGAUAACUGUCCCCUAAUGCCAAACCCGGACCAACUCGACCGCGAUGAGGACCGGAGCGACAAGCGUGGAGAUGCCUGUGACAAUUGUCCACGGAAGUUCAACCCUAAACAGGAAGACACGGACGGGGAUGGCAUUGGAGACGUUUGUGACCCUGACAUGGAUAAUGAUAACAUCAUUAACGACAUGGACAACUGUCCUCGCAACUACAACCCAGAUCAGGAGGACAUGGACGGUGACGGGAUCGGGGACCUGUGCGACAACUGCCCGCGAGUCCGGAACCCGUCCCAGGAAGACUCUGACAGGGACAACGUAGGGGAUGCCUGCGACAGCGACGUGGAUCGGGAUCAAGAUGGUGUCCAAGACGGAUUGGACAAUUGCCCGAACUUGGCGAACAGUGAUCAGCAGGAUAUUGACAAUGAUGGCAAGGGUGAUGCGUGUGAUGACGACAUUGAUAAUGACGGCAUUCCCAACCUGGCAGACAAUUGUCCGCUGGUGUACAACCCUGAUCAGACCGAUAACAAUGCGGAUGGAGUAGGUGACGUUUGUGACGACGAUUUCGAUGGCGACAAUGUGACCAAUGCUCUGGACAACUGCCCCAAUAAUUCAAGGAUAUUUAGAACAGAUUUCAGAAACUACAUGACAGUCCGAUUGGACCCCGAAGGCACAUCACAACAAGACCCUAACUGGGAGAUAGCUAAUGAAGGAGCAGAAAUUCUACAAACUCUGAACUCAGAUCCAGGACUUGCGGUUGGAUUCGAUAGCAUCGGUGGAGUUGAUUUUGAGGGAACACUUUUUGUAGACUCACAAAUAGAUGACGAUUAUAUUGGCUUUAUAUUUGGAUAUCAAAACAACAAACGCUUUUACGUGGUGAUGUGGAAGAAAAACACUCAAACGUACUGGCAGACGACACCCUUCCGCGCCGUUGCUGAGCCCGGCAUACAACUCAAACUGGUCAACUCCAAGACAGGCCCAGGAAAGACUUUAAGAAAUGCUCUUUGGAAAACAGAGUCUACUCCUGACCAGGUGAAACUGCUAUGGAAAGACCCACGCAACGUCGGGUGGCGUGAAAGAACCGCUUAUCGCUGGAGACUGCUCCAUCGUCCCAAGAUUGGUCUCAUUCGCCUGAAAAUCUAUGAAAACAACCGCUUAGUCGCUGACUCUGGCAACCAGUACGACUUCACUCUUAAGGGCGGACGACUCGGAGUCUUUUGCUUCUCGCAGGAAAUGAUUAUCUGGUCGAACCUUGUUUACAGAUGUAACGAUAAAAUUCCCACUAACAUCGUGUCAGAACUACCGCCUACGAUCAAGAACAAGAAUUUGGAUGUGGAUCAUGACUUUGUCUACCUUUGAUAAUUUCCUCUGUAAAGCUUUGUUGAUAAUAAUGGUACAGUCAAAAUCAAUAAUUAUGAUAAAUCCAAAAGACCUAAUAAAAAUAGUAGAAUAAAGAAAAGAAAUGGAUGAACAUAAUUUAACUACCUACUUAAUUUUUUUAUUUGUAGCGAAAGUAAUUUAUUAAUUAAUUGUAUUUAGUGAAAAUAUGAAACUUUAUCAAUUCUGACUGUAUGAAAAAAUAAAAAAAAGUAAAAAAACAAAUUUUAUUAAUCCAUUCAUUCUAAAAAAUUCUUAUUAUGUAUAUAUAUUAAAAUAAUAGUUGGUAAAAAUAGGUUUAUAAGAAUAAAUUACUAAAUAGCAAAUUUUUUUAUUUAUACACAUACAAAGUAAUAUAUUUAAUAAAGUACAGUUUUUAAUUUA